AUGGUACAAUUGUGGAAUGGCAGUCAUAGGACAGUUGGUGCUACAUACUUGUUACUGCUCUGUGUUCCACACAUAGUGGCCAUUUUCGUUCCAAAAAUACACCACAGUCAAGGCAAUGGUACUGCACUGUUCAAAGAACCGAUUAGCGCCGCGCGGGCCACCAUCGACUUUCAGUCAGGCAACUCGUCCGACACAAUGCCGGGCAAUGAAUCUCAGAACUCGUCGGGUUCACCAUCAAUAUGCAUCGUUACGAGCAGUUUGGACGACCUACCGUCCGAUCUGUUCAGUGAGGAGCAACGACUCCAGGGCGCAAUUGUGCUUCAUUUUCUGGCCGCGAUCUAUUUCUUCAUGUUGCUCGCGUAUGUCUGCAGCGAGUACUUUCUACCCUCGGUUGAGUGUUUGUGUGAGGAUUUGAAGCUGUCCCAGGAUGUAGCGGCAGCCACGUUCAUGGCAACGGCUACCUCGAUGCCUGAAUUUUUCACCAACACCAUCAGCACGUUGGCAGUCGAUUCGGACAUAGGGGUUGGCACGAUUAUGGGCUCGAUGCUGUUCAAUACGCUCGGUGUGGCCGCGCUCGUAGGACUGCUGACAAAGAUGCACGUGCAGCUUGAUUGGUGGCCAUUGACUCGUGACACCAUCAUUGUCACCAUAUCCACCACGCUACUGGUGGUGUGCGUUUGGGAUGGUCGAGUUGAAUGGUAUGAAGCGAUGAUUUUCAGUAUUACCUACGUGCUGUACUUUGUGGUGAUGUUUAAAAACGAACGUCUAAAAACGAUUGCCGUACACUAUAUACAGAACCGUUGGAAUCUUUGCGGUCGCUUGGAACCCGAACCAGAAGAUGGUACGAUAGAUGACAAUCCUCGGCGGAAGUAUUCAAUUGCGAUCUUAGGCCAUGCCAUUAACGGUGUUUUGGUGGGAAUAAACGAUCAUGACGCAAAAAAAGUUGCAUCCAGCUCCGACACACCUGCGGGUACUGCAGUAGAACCGACAAACCCUGCACAAUCUGAGAGUACCGUAGAACCGUUGAAAAGUGUAAAGUGGAACGAAUUGACGCGCCUUCCAAAAUCCUCAUUCGCUGGUUGGAGAACGAUCUUUUGGUUCUUUACAUGGCCGUAUCGGUCGAUCGUGUUUCUGACCAUACCAGAUCCACUGCGUUUUCGCAAACUUUACCCUCUAACGUUCGUCUGCUGCGUAGGGUGGAUCGGAUUGAGUGCAUACGUCGUGUUCUGGAUGAUCUCGGUCAUUGGUAAUACCUUCGGCAUACCGGACACAGUGAUGGGCAUGACGUUCCUUGCGUUCGGGGGCUGCAUGCCAGAAGCUGCAUCAGCUGUAACACUUAUACGAAGAGGUAAUGGCGCAAUGGGCGUUUCGAAUUCGCUAGGAGCCAAUACGCUCGCCAUACUGUUCUCGCUUGGAUUGCCCUGGUUCAUCAGGACAAUGGUCGAUGGCGGUCCAUCAACUGGAGCUUACAUCGCAAUCCAAUCGUACGGUAUUCAGUAUUCAGUGCUUGCCCUUUUUGGUGCCAUCCUUAUCCUUUACGUAGUAUUAUACACGGCCAAGUAUACGCUCCGAAAGCUAGUCGGACUUGCACUUGGUAUUGGAUAUCUGGUGAUCGUCGCGUUCAUGAUCCUCGUCGAACUGGAUAUAUUCUUCCCGGCAAACAACCGAUGUUAA